AUGAGUGAAGAAUCGAAACAGAAUAUCAAGGUCUUACCCAUAUAUGUCACGAUAGACCCUCAGAGGGACAACCCUUCACACCUUCGUGCAUAUAUUAAAGAGUUCAACUCGAGAAUAAUUGGGUUAACCGGGCCAGUAUCUGCUGUAAGGCAGAUGGCACAAGAAUACAGAGUGUACUUCAGAAAAGUCGAUGAAGAAGGAGAUGAUUAUCUCGUCGAGUCCUCCCACAACAUGUACUUGAUGAACCCGAACAUGGAGGUGACUAGGUCCUUUGGUGUUGAAUAUAAUGCAGAGGAAUUGGCCGAUGCUAUAACUAAAGAGGUGACGAAAGCUAAUGUUACCAUCACACGGGAUUAG